ACACUCCUUCUUACUGGGGAGAGCUGCUCUGCCCACAUUCCUGGGAGGUAUCCACUUAUUACACUGUAUAAAAGUCUACAUGGAGUUUGAAACUUUACACUCUGCUCAGGCUUAGCAGCACCGCCUUGGGCAAGCAGAAGACUUCUGGGUUCAGAGUCCAUCCAGCAGCAGCCAGCCAGCCAGCCAGCCAGCCAGACAGCCAGCAGCAGCCAUGCACUGUAUCUCUUUGUUAGUGGUUGUUGCUGUCACUGUGUUGGAGGUAGUCCUUGGGACUCCAUUGCAAAGUUAUUCAGAAAACUCAACUGAAACAAGGACAGUUUGCCUCCUGCCUCUGGAUGAGGGUCCGUGCAGAGGACUUCUUCCACGCUAUUAUUAUAACCGAUUCACACAGACCUGCGAAGAAUUUGCGUAUGGUGGUUGCGACGGGAAUGCCAACAACUUCAUGUUUCUAGAGGACUGCGAAAAAGUAUGCUCCAAAAUCAAAAAAGUUCCAAAACCCUGCAGACUGGAUGCUGACCCAGGUCCAUGCCGCGCCAUGUUUAAAAAAUUUGCUUUCAAUUUACAUACAAUGAAGUGUGAGAAGUUUAUGUAUGGCGGGUGCUACGGCAAUGACAAUAACUUUAAGGAUGAAGCUUCUUGUUUGGAGUCAUGUGCGCCCAAACGAAAUGCUCCCAGCUUCUGCUAUAGCCCAAAGGAUGAGGGAUCUUGCUCUGCUUCUGUUACCCGCUAUUAUUUCAACAUUGAAAGUAAAGCCUGUGAAGAGUUUAAUUACACUGGUUGUGGGGGAAACUCCAACAACUUUGUCAAAAUUGAGGACUGCAACAGUGUGUGCAAGAAAGGAAAUAGAAAGCCAAAAAACAGAGCUCGCAAGCUGAGGAUUCGAUCUUGAGCAAAAGAUGGAACAUUUUUCUGUCCUUCCCAUGUAAGCACUAUUGCGGUGUUUUCCAUAAGGCAACACAGCGUACGGCAGAAAUUCCUCGUAAUGUAAUGGUUUUAUACAACAACAGAAACGUCUGCAUGGAAAUGGCUUUACUGAAGCAUAGCCAUUACAAUUCCAAGGGAUACCUUCACAGAAAUAAUACCUAUAUAUUUACAUGUUUAUACUUCUCAUCAUUUGAAACUCUUUGGUAGACUCAUAAGCUGUUUCCUCAUUGUAACCAUACUAUAGUGCAGCUAUGUCAUACAAUGUGAAUAUAUAUAUAUACAAUCCAAUCAAUAUGCUGUGGAGGGUUACUUUUUAAUGCAGCUCUGGAUGAGUAAUCUUGGAAUUUUGAUUUACUUUCACCACACCAGGCUUAUUUCUCCCGAUAGCAGUAUAAAUCUUAUAGUCAGUAUGUUGUUGGCAUACUAGCUGAUUUUAGAGUAAAGGUCAACAAUAGGUAAAUAAAUGCUGCACCUCCAUCGUCGGUACAUAAAAAAGCAAUCUUACAGACCUAGUAACAAUGGUGGAUUUUUGUAGUUCUCCUUCUGCAACCGGAGUACAACGGUUACAGAUUAAAUAAUCACUCUGUUUGGCUUCAAUGUUAACAAAAUUGAAGUUACCAAAAUGGUUAAAAUGUUAAAAACAUUCCUAAUGUCUAAAAUAGGUCAAGGUAUUGUUUAACCAUGAUCAGUGAUGGAUAAAUCAAUGGUGAACCAUCCCCAAAGCUCUCUUCGAGCUAACACAUGAGCUCAUGUGAGUUUCUGAUAACUUUCAAAACAUCCACAAGAACUGCUUUGAAAUCAUGUAAUUAGUUGAUACUCCAAAAAUCCAUCCAAUGCAAAAUGUGAAUUACUGCAAAGGCUAUACCUCUAGGCCUUUCCAUAACCAAUUACUUGUGUUCUAAUGUAUAUCUGUAAGUAAUAUUAUUUUGUUUAAUCUUGAACCACAAUUUAAAACAAUGUUUGUACAACUUUGUUUUGAAUUUAAAUAUUGUAAAUAAUUUUAAAUAUAUUAAAGCAUUUUGUGUGAAAUAAA